AUGGUUUCAGUUAGUAAGAAGGAAGCCCUGACCUAUGGCAGUGACUCUCUAAAGUCAUCAGCCUCUGUGAUAGGUACAGACUUCGACAGUGCUGUGCUGCCCUGUAUGGACCAUGCCUUUCCUUUUGUGGAGUGUGAGAAGAACACAGGGUCCAGCUCAGAGCCACAAGAUGCAGUGGAGAGCCUCGACUCCACCUCAGUGGACGACUGGGGAUUGCUGACCCACUGUCUUGCCUCUGCCAUGGGCCAUGAGGAGUGGUUCAGUGGGGGGCAGACUCCCAACUUGCCUGACUUCAGUGCCAGAAUCAUCAGAGACUUCUCCCCAACGCUGGAGGAGAUUGAAGAGUUCCUCAUGGAAAAGAUGGAACAGGUCAGGGAUGGAUCUCUAGAUCCUGGCGACCAGUCAGAAUUCAGCCCCCCGCCGGAGCCCAUCUCUCCCAGCACUCCUAAUUCUCCUGAGGCCAACAGCACCCUGGCCAUGUCAACAUCACCCAAUGCUAGUACAAAGGGCACCAUUUACCCUGUCCUCAUUGGAUCGCCCUUAGUGCUUCAACUCCGGCCACUUGCUGAUUUGUCCCCCCGUCCCGAAUCUCAAAACUCCGGUGAUCAGCAGGCGGCCCACCUGGUGCUAGACAACGAUGGUGGCCAGACCCUAUCCCCGUCACCAAUGUCACCCGCCACUCCUGUGAACCCGCCGAGCGAGAUGUGCCAUGGAAACCAGAAGUACGUGAAGAUCGCCCCCUCGCCUGCCGCCGUGAGGACAGUGGGCGUCGCCAGCAUCAUCCUCAUCAAAGCCACACCUGCCCAGGUGACCGGCGUGGCCUCUGAGGGACUCCGGGUGCAUAAGUGCUCCCACCCUGGCUGUGAGAAGGCCUACACCAAGAGCAGCCACCUCAAGGCCCAUUUCCGCAGACACACCGGGGAGAAGCCCUACGUCUGUGUCUGGCCUGACUGCAGCUGGAGGUUCUCCCGUUCUGAUGAGCUGUCCCGCCACCGGAGAUCCCACUCAGGCGUGAAGCCCUACAAGUGUCCACUGUGCGACAAGACAUUCGCCAGGAGUGACCACCUGUCCAAACACACCAAGGUGCACCGGCGCCACAGGAAUGGCAGGGUGAGCCGGGCUAGCUGCUGACACCCGGCUGGCUGACAGCCCGAUACCCCAAAAUGACCCAACUGCAGGGCACAAAUUAGCACAUGAGCAACCAAGC